AUGCAAUACGUAGGGAGAGCUAUAGGUGUAGUUUCCAAGAACUGGUCAUCUAUAAAUCCAGCUACAUUAUCUGGUGCCAUUGAUGUUAUAGUUGUUGAACAUCCUGAUGGUACGCUGGCGUGUUCGCCUUUUCAUGUUCGGUUUGGUAAAUUCAGAAUCUUGAAACCGUCACAAAAGAAAGUUCAAGUUAUCGUUAAUGGUAAAUCGACUAAUAUACCUAUGAAAUUGAGUGAUAAUGGUGAAGCUUAUUUUGUCUUCAGCACUGGUUCUGAUAUUCAUGAUAUACCGGAUGAUUUACUAUCUUCUCCAGUGCUGAGUGCCACUAGCAGUCCACCACAAUCCCCACACUCGAUUGAUGCAAACAAUGAUAUAACAGGACAUUUAGUUGAUAAAGAUGGUAUGAAGAUUGUUUUAGAAGAACCUGAUUUUUUGGAUAUUAACAUGAAUUCUCUAUAUAAUAAUGUGAAUAAUAAAUCGAAAGAAACCGAUUCAAGUUUAUCUAUUCCAACUUCUCCAAAAAUAGUAAAUAUUAACAAGAGACUGACAGAUAUAAAUAUACCUAGCAAGAUUGACUAUAAUGGGGAUUUAGUGCUAGAUAUUGAAGGUUACAAACCUGAUGAUGAAAAAAUGCAUGACACUGAUGAAAAAUUGAGAAAGCUUUUACAAGAAGAACUUGGGGAUUCAUAUAAGUUAUCAAAUAUUAUGACUGAAGAUAAGAACGGGAAUUUAAGGAUAUCUAAUCCUAGUGAUUAUUUCCAUUCACCUUCCAUAUCCACUUCUUCUAUUUCUGAUUUUAAUAGUAACGGUACGUUUACAAGCCCGACAGCUAUCUCAACGGGAUCUGACGAAUAUACAUCCGACACAGAUUUAAAUACGAACACAAUAAACAGCUCUAGUAUUGAUGAACAAAGUAAUAAGGUGUCGAGUAAUUCUAAUAAUACUCAACAAUAUAUUAGAACGAUUAGACUAACAAGUGAUCAAUUGAAAUGCUUAGAUUUAAGGUAUGGUGAAAAUGAUUUAGAAUUUUCAGUUGACAAAGGUAAGGCAAUUGUAAGGUCGAAACUUUUUGUAUGGAGAUGGGAUGUUCCAAUUGUUAUCAGUGACAUUGAUGGGACAAUUACAAAAUCAGAUGCAUUAGGUCAUGUCAUGACCAUGAUUGGUAAGGAUUGGACACAUAUAGGUGUAGCUAAAUUAUUUACAGAAAUUUCAAGAAAUGGUUACAAUAUAAUGUAUUUGACUGCAAGAAGUUCUGGGCAAUCUGAUUCGACUAGAAGUUAUUUAGAAUCUGUUGAACAAAAUGGAUGUAAAUUACCGAAUGGUCCUGUGAUACUCUCUCCUGAUAGAACUAUGGCAGCCUUGAGGAGAGAAGUAAUUCUAAAGAAACCUGAGCUGUUUAAAAUAGCGUGCUUAAAUGAUAUCAGAUCUAUCUAUGUGGAUAAGUUUGAAGACUAUCAUUCUAAUAACCAACUGGAUGGUUCCAACGACCUCGGUCUGAAUAAUAGACUGGAAGACGAUUUUAAACCCACGCCAUUUGUGGCUGGUUUCGGUAAUAGAAUUACAGAUGCCUUAUCUUAUAGAACUGUUGGUAUUCCAAGUUCGCGUAUAUUUACGAUUAACCCAGAUGGAGAAGUUCAUAUGGAAUUAUUAGAAUUGGCUGGGUAUAAAAGCUCCUAUGUUGACAUCAAUGAGCUAGUAGAUCAAUUUUUCCCACCAGUUAAGAUCAAUGAUUUUGAUUCAAGAAGUGUUUCUUCAUUACAACUUGGGUCUCCAUUAAGUUUAUCUGUAGAUAACAUGAACAAAAGUGAAAAUAAUCUUCAAUAUGGUACUAGUAAUAAUAAGAAAAAUAAUAACGAAAUUUCAGGAACUGGUUAUAAUUUUGACAAUAUCGGUGACACUAGUUUCACUAGUUCCAGUAAUGUUGACAGGAGUAAAUAUUUUAGAAACAAUCACUUUGCUGAUAAAUAUAAUGAUGUUAACUUUUGGAGAGAACCUCUAGUCAAUCUAGAAGAUUUAUCCGAUAAUAGUCUUGAAAGUGAUACUGAUUUAGAAAGUGAUCACAAGAGGCUUGUAUUGGAUAAAAAAAGUAACAACAAAAAAGAUAGAUCAUUAAAAAUAAACAAAAAAGUAUCGAUAAUAAAAGGUGAAGAUGACGAUAUUAAUUUUGUCCAAUCAUCAGAUAGUAAAAACAAAAACACGCCUACCAUGGAUUCUGUCAUGACUACACCAUCUAAGGAUAAGAACACGCAAUAUCAUCACCAUAAUGGGAAGAGUCCAAAAGAGCUCAGAAAAGAAGAAAUAGGCAAUCGAAUCUAUCUAGAGUUAGGUUCGGCAUUUUCUUCUCCUAGGAUGUCAUCCAUGAAUGAAUCACAAAGCACAUUUCUGGAUGGCACGCGUCCGAUGUCACAAGACAGCAGUAGAGAUGAUGUUAGCAUCUCUUCAAGUAUGAAUAUGGACAGGUUAACGUUGAAUUCACAAAAGAACAUAACGCCGACAGCUAGCAUAUCAAAAAUCCAAGUAAAUGUAUUAGAUAAUGGAGAAACGGUUGAAAACAACUCUCACGGUGGCUCCGAUUAUAGCGAUUACCAAUCUGGAGAUAACGAAGAAGCUACAGACGAUGAGUUUGAUGAAGACGACUUCGUAGAAUAA